AUGACAGAAACAAACAAUGGACUCGAGUUGGAAGGCGAAGAAGCCGUUCAGGAAUCUAGUCCCGGUUCAAGUUUCGGGAACCUCGAAAACCGAGCGUUUCAAUCGCUGCUUCUCGAAAAAUUGAGCAAGAUCCAAGAACAGAACGAAAUGUUAACGGAACGAAUGGAAAGAUUGGAGAAAGAGCAAGAAGAUUACUAUGUGAGCCUGUGCAAGAAAGUGACCAGUGCAUUUAAGCAUGUGGAAAAAUGUUCAAAGGAUGUGUUUGCGUUGAAGGAAGUGUUCAGAGAGUUUACUGGGGUUGUCACAGGAGAGCGGGUCUCUUUCCUGGAUCAUAGUGCUGAAAAUGUGAGUGCAGAGGACGCGGCUGGUUUCAAUGAGUCUCAAUUACUUGCGGCGAAUUUUGCAGCUCAACGAGAACGUCAUUGGGAAAAUUUGUGGCAACAAACGCUUGCGUUGAGACCUGGUCCUAUUAAGGCAGAAGAGUCAUUACAGUUACCAGAGUCGAGGCGAGAUACUGGGGAGGACCAGCUUGGGGACCAGAAUGGGGAGCAGAAUGGGAGUCAGAAUGGAAAUCAGAAUGGUAACGACCCAAGCUCUUAUAAGCUGAACAGAGCCAUAAGAAGUGUCACAGACUUAGCUCGAGAAUACUACGAAGGUCUUACGGGACUGCCUUCGGUUGUAUCAUUGGAACGGCGAUUUGGUGCCAGUUGGAGAGCCAGUGCGUCGGAACGCACAUUUUUUGCCAAAAGAAUGCAUAUCAUCAAUAGGAUCAAUGACGUUCGGGAUAAUCCGACCAAAUAUGGGUUACCAGAGGAUAUAACGCGCAGACAAGCCGUUAAAAUCAUAGAGAAUAUACGACUGGGCAACAACAACUACUGUGGUCAUCCGACCCGAAUGACUUUGAAUCAACUAUAUAUCUAUUUUGCCAAAAAAAUGGAUUCUCUGGACGAUUAUCGAAUGACACUGGGCGUGUUGGCCAAACCAAGACGGGAUCAAUUGGUGCGGGAACGAUUGCGGCAGUCACAACUACCGGAUGACGCAGAACAGGGGGAUGAAAUCACGUAG